GAUCAGAAUGCGAAAACAAGUACUCUUUGACCACGUAAACACAAGAAAAUACUAAUAUCUGCGAGAUUCCGUGUAUUGUGAAAGGCGGAAAUUAGAAGUGAGAUUUGGUGUUAUCAGUAGUUAUUCAGUGAAACCUAUCAGAAAUGGUGAAUUUGGGCGACGAAUUUCCUAACUUUAAAGUCAAUACCACAAUUGGAACUAUCCAGUUCCAUGAAUGGCUUGGAGAUUCAUGGGGUGUUCUGUUUUCCCAUCCGGCAGAUUUCACUCCUGUAUGCACUACGGAAUUAGCUCGCGUGGCUAAUCUUAUGCCGGAAUUCGAAAAGCGAAACGUGAAAGUAAUAGCACUGUCGUGUGAUUCUGUGGAGUCACAUUCCAAAUGGAUUGAAGAUAUAAAAAGUUAUGGUGGCCACGUAGCAGAUAAAUUUCCGUACCCGAUUAUUGCUGAUGAAGGAAGAGAUUUAGCUGUUCAGUUGGGGAUGCUGGAUCCUGAUGAACGUGAUAAAGAUGGCCUUCCAUUAACAUGCCGAGCUGUUUUUGUUAUUAGCCCAACAAAAAGACUGAAACUUUCAAUUUUGUAUCCUGCUACUACUGGUCGUAACUUUGCUGAAAUCUUAAGAGCAAUUGAUUCACUGCAGCUGACAGAGAACAAAAAGGUGGCAACUCCUGCAGACUGGCAGAGUGGUGGUGACUGCAUGGUCCUUCCAACCCUGAAAGAGGAGGAAGCAGCCAGUUUGUUUCCAAAAGGCAUUUCAGUGAAACCUUUGCCAUCAGGCAAAUCAUAUCUAAGAGUUACUCCACAGCCAUAAGUGUAUAUCUUUGUCGUAUUUUGAUCUCAUUUUUCUUAGUUAUGAAACUGUGAUGCACCUUUGUUUUGAUGUAACACAUGAUGUGAGCACAUAAUGUCGUGUGAGGUAAUUGAAAUCAAUGGAAGGGAUAUGAGCAGCUGUGUUUUAAAAUUUCGUUUUAUGAUAAGGGUUUCAAAGCUAAUGCUUGAAAAUUAUUCAUGGUCUUAAACAAUGAAUUAUAAUUACAGAUAUUAAGAGUUAUGCAUUUUGUGUUGUGUAUAAGUAAUGUAAAUUAGUUUGUGAAUUGUGAUGUACAAGCUCAAAUGACAUGAUUUACUACCUAAAAUAGACAAGAGGGUCAAAGAUUUCUCUUCCAAAUGUGAAAUUUACCAUCUAGCAUUGCCUUAAGCUUGGCAACAGUGAUAACCAUAUAUAUUAUAUUAACGCAGCACUUCUGUAGAGUUUGUAACAAGGUGAUUAAUGAACAUGUCUGAUUACUGUUUGAGUUAAUAAGAUAUUUCAUUUGGUAGCGACAAGUGGCAAUGUUUUAAAUAUUCUCUGGUGAAUUAUGAACUCGUGCAUACACGUGAAUUUUAUCAAGUGUACUUAACUUGUUCUGUGAUGUUUAUCUGAUGUACUUAAAUUAUAAAUGUGCUGAAAUCUAGUUCUGGUUGCUGCAUCCAGUGCCUUUGUGAUUUUAUUAUUAGGGUAUUGUUAUUAAACAGUAUUUUGUAUACACAUAGUUACUAUCUUAUAUUUUUGUUACUAGUUCUGUUUCUCUGAUGUAAAAGAAAAAUAUUAGUAAAACGAUGUGGAACAAGGUGCGGUUUAAAUAAUUGCUUUACAGAAAGGUUGUGAUCCACAAAGAUAUGCAAAUAUGUUUUAUUCAGAUUCUGCUGAGAUUGUGUACAUUAGAAGAUAAUUCCAAUUAAUAAAAUACCUAUAAAACAGUAAACAUGGCAGGCCAGCCUUCAUCAAGCUAAGAUAUAGACAGAAACAAGAUUCCCUUCAGUGGUAUAUUUUAAAAUUUUACUGUUUACAUAAACAGGUGCACAAAAAUUGUUCCAUAUACUGUUUAUCACAUACCUUUAAAGCCAUUUCACCGAACCAUUGAAAUGCCUCAUGAUUACUAUCAAACUGUCAUACUUGUGAAUUGAUACACCUGAUCAAGAACUUGACAAAGAAAGCUUUGAGAGGGAGGUAGUGAGUGCGUAAAUUUAUUUAUUUUUUUGAUGUGAUGCAAACCAACAUACACAUUUUGACACACUUUAUUCUAAGACAUAAAACAAAAACUUUUAUGUGAAUGCCUUUUAUGAGAAACAUAGUAAGUUUGUUUAUAUAUUGUCUUCAAUAUGUGUUCCAGAUGGUUUAAAAUUAACAUUGUUUGUUCCAUUUUUCUCAGUCUUUCCAUGAGUGCGAUGCAAAUGGAACUAAAAAGCAGUUGACAGAAUAUGUGAUAUAAAAAAAUUAAGUUUAAACAAUCAAAAUGACUAAAUUUAGCAUCAGACUUGAGAAAAGAUAACUUCAUUGGGAACUACGAGAGUUGGCUGAAACGUAAUGCCUCCACCUUCUUAACUCUUCAACAGUUGGCAGCACUGGUAUGUGGCAGGUACUGGCUUGUUCCAUAGCCUCUUCUCUACAGCUCCAGUUGGUGGGUUUUCCUGCAGCAUGACAAUGCCAAACACACACUUCACUUGCCACCACAACAGAACGUCAGAGACUGAAUCUCGCUACUGUAUGGCAUCCUCCAUACAGUCCAGAUUAAGCACCGUUGGACUUCCAUCUGUUCCCAAUAAUGAAAGACGAUCUGUGGGGACAUCAUUAUGCUUCUGAUGAAGACGUUGGAGACUGUGGUUGCGGAAAGUGUCGACUUCUUCCGUGAUGGCUUCAGAAAACUUGUUAAUUAUUGACAGAAAUGUAUCCAAUUGGCUGGUGAUUAUGUGGAGUGGUGAAUACUGGUAAUUAAAGAUCACAUUCUAAG